AUGGGGAGGACGCUCACAGUGUGGCCUUCUCGCGCUCAUUUGAUAUUGGCGCGAACGGAAGGCCCACGCACACAGGCAUGUAAAGCCUCGGCUCCGGCGAGCCUAGCAAGAUCAGAUAUACUGAUUCAUAAUUUAAGCUUGACGAGACCUGUCGAAGUCGUUGUAACUCUCGCGCUUUAUGACAAGCGAGUUGGGCUUUUUAAGUUUCAUUGGUGA